AUGUGUUAGUCAGUUUAGGAGAACAAUCAUGAGUGAAGAUGGAUGAACAUUUUAUUUACACACCAGUUUAAAUGUGUGUGUGUAAAAUAUGUUACUUAGUAUAGUUAUAGCAGUACUUAGGUUGGCCUCUCUUCACAUAUUUAGGAAAAGCAUUUUGCUUUAGUGGUUGACAAGUGUGCUUUGGAGGUUGCUGGAGUCAUUCUGGUACAGGACACUCGCCUCCUUUGCUCAAGUUCUCUCUUCUGAAGGAACAGAGUGACGAGGGUAGCGUUGUGAGGAUAGGUGUGAUUAGCCGAUUGUGAGUCUUGCUACCUCGUAAAGAUUCUGGAGGAGGAAGUCGUCUUUAAGAUUUUGUGGAUGUUGGGAGAGUGUUCUGGCACCCUGGUUUCUAAUACUACAGAAAUACUACAGCUUCAGCUUCAACAAUGCUUGGAACCACAAAAGGGGCAUUUUGACCAUCAAGAGACACAGUUACCGAGACACAAGCUGUUUGUGCCUCCUUGUCCUAUCAUGUUUCUACCACUGCUGAACUAGAGACGCGGCCCUGAAGACACAGCUGCGGCUUCCCUGGUUGCCUUGUAUCCUAACACCUUGCCUGUUCAUUGAUAAGGCCUCCCAAAGUAGAGGUCUUUGAUUCACUAUUGGUUUUAUAAUUUUUUUCAGGCUGUCAUCUGGGUCUAGGUAUGGCUAAAUCUAGUUAGUGCUUGUACUAUUUUUUUUUCUUUUCUUUUAGAUAACACAACUUUAUUUACUCAAAGUGUUAGGGGCCAAAAGUUCAGGUGAAAGCUUGGUAAGGAUGUACUCGCUGCAAAGGUUCAUGGGAGAACCUGUUCCUUGUCAUUCCAGGCUUUGGUUGCUUCUGAUGCUCAUUGAGUGACUGUACUUAAUACAUGUUUUUCUACUCAUUCUGUUACCAGUCUUCUGUGAGGUUUUGUUCAUUCAGUCUUACCUUGGGGAUCAUUGUGAGGUCAAUCUUAACAAUAGCAGAUCGAAUUUAUAAGGCAACCUCCCGGCUUCUAGUAAAUUACCCAGAGCCCUAUCGUUCUGAAAUACUGGAUUAUCUAUUUAAGCCAAACUUUGGUGCCUCUUUGCAUAGUCUAAAAGUGGAGAUAGGUGGUGAUGGACAAACAACAGAUGGCACUGAACCCUCGCAUAUGCACUAUGAGCUAGAUGAGAAUUAUUUCCGAGGCUAUGAGUGGUGGCUAAUGAAGGAAGCUAAGAAGAGGAACCCAAAUAUUAUACUUAUGGGGUUACCAUGGUCAUUCCCUGGAUGGCUGGGCAAAGGUUUCAACUGGCCUUAUGUAAAUCUUCAGCUCACUUCCUUCUAUGUUGUAAGAUGGAUUAUGGGUGCCAAGCAUUAUCAUGACCUGGACAUUGAUUAUAUUGGGAUUUGGAAUGAAAGGCCAUUUGAUGCCAACUAUAUAAAGGAAUUAAGAAAAAUGCUGGAUUAUCAAGGUCUCCAGCGAGUGAGAAUCAUAGCAAGUGAUAAUCUUUGGGAGCCGAUUUCUUCUUCUGUGCUGCUUGACCAGGAGCUCUGGAAGGUGGUGGAUGUUAUAGGAGCUCACUAUCCCGGAACCUACACAGUGUGGAAUGCAAAGAUGUCAGGGAAGAAGCUUUGGUCAUCUGAAGAUUUUAGCACCAUCAACAGUAAUGUUGGCUCAGGCUGUUGGGGGCGCAUAUUGAACCAGAAUUACAUCAAUGGCAAUAUGACCGCCACAAUUGCUUGGAAUUUGGUGGCUAGCUACUAUGAAGAAUUGCCUUAUGGACGGAGUGGAUUGAUGACAGCCCAGGAGCCGUGGAGUGGACAUUAUGUAGUAGCGUCUCCUAUCUGGGUAUCGGCUCAUACAACCCAGUUUACUCAACCAGGCUGGUAUUACCUGAAGACAGUUGGCCAUCUAGAGAAAGGGGGAAGUUAUGUAGCUCUGACUGAUGGCUUGGGAAACCUCACAAUCAUCAUUGAAACUAUGAGUCACCAACAUUCUAUGUGUAUACGGCCAUAUCUACCAUAUUAUAAUGUCUCACAUCAGCAGGCUACCUUCACUCUAAAGGGAUCUUUUAGAGAAAUACAAGAGCUACAGGUGUGGUAUACGAAGCUUGGAACAGCACCACAGAGACUUCAUUUUAAACAACUGGAUACUCUAUGGCUCCUUGACAGCAGCGGCAGGUUUACACUGGAACUGGAGGAGGAUGAGAUAUUUACACUCACCACCCUGACCACAGGUCACAAAGGCAGCUACCCGCCCUCUCCCAAGUCGAAGCCCUUCCCAACCAAUUAUAAGGAUGAUUUCAAUGUUGAGUACCCAUUUUUUAGUGAAGCUCCAAAUUUUGCUGAUCAGACUGGCGUAUUUGAGUACUACACGAAUAACGAAGACCUUGAACAUCGCUUCACACUGCGCCAAGUUCUCAACCAACGACCUAUUACCUGGGCUGCAGAUGCUUCCAGCACAAUCAGUGUUAUAGGCGAUUACCACUGGACCAACAUGACUGUACAGUGUGACGUUUACAUAGAGACCCCUCGGAGCGGCGGUGUAUUCAUUGCUGGAAGAGUGAAUAAAGGUGGUAUUUUGAUUAGAAGUGCUACAGGAGUCUUCUUCUGGAUUUUUGCAAAUGGCUCUUAUAGAGUUACAGCUGACCUGAGUGGAUGGAUAACAUAUGCCUCAGGACAUGCCGACAUUACAGCUAAACGAUGGUAUACACUCACCUUAGGCAUUAAGGGUUAUUUCGCCUUUGGUAUGUUGAACGGCAAGAUCCUAUGGAAAAAUGUCCCUGUGAAAUACCCAGGGCAUGGCUGGGCUGCGAUCGGAACCCACACCUUUGAGUUUGCACAGUUUGACAACUUUCACGUGGAAGCAGCUCGCUAGUCUUUACGGGGAGUCAAGACGUGAUUUGGAUUUUCUAUUUUUUUUAUUUUGGUUCAGGGCCAGCUCUGAUUUUGAUGGAUCUAUAUAUGAGCCUUUGAGGCUAACAAUAAUGAGGAGUAAAUAGGGGAAAUGGUACAUUUUUUUCUGGAUCCUGUGAAAGAUUUAUUUAGAGCUAAUUCCAGAGGGGCCGCAGGUAGAUUUUGGCAUUGUCUGUGGUAGCUCUUAAGGCCCACUGUUGGUCAGUCCCAUCCUUCAGGAGUGCUUUGGGGGGUUCGGGCCUUGUAGCCUUGGCACUAAUACCAAGGUAGCUCACUCCAUAUUGUUUGUAAAUGAUCAUGCAGAUGGAUGGGACCUCAGAGGAGUUUUUGUGAGCUCUGACCACGUGCCUUAGUCCAGGCUUCCUUAGAAGAUGCUGAUGCUUAAGAGGAAACUGAUGAGCACUUCAGCAAGUAUUUCAACAUGCAGUCCUCUCUCCCUCUCCCUCCAUCGCUCUCCCAUCCCAUCCCCCUCUUUUCCCCUCCCUUACCCAUCACUGUCUACCCCUCUCCACAGGAUGAUACUUUUGGAAUUGAGUGAGAUGACGAUGGGAUGAUUUGGAAAUUAUCUCAUUAAUAAACUAAUACCAAAGCCAUUUUUGCAGUAAUAAACACCAACCAGGUUAAUUGGGUUGUUUGUACUUUUUAACUAUCUUACUUCCGAAUUUUAAAUGUCAUCACCCUUAUAGCUGCCCAGAGAACAUUUCCCCCAUAUAAGCCAAUGCUGUAGGUGAGUCCAGCUGCUUCCCUGUUCAGUUCUUGUGCCUUUUGCAGUGUGUCCUCACAAGGGGCUCUGAACGCAGCCGAGCACCAGUGAGUGCAUUGCUCUGCCAGUGCAUGGCAGGAGGGCCACUGGGGCUUUAACUAGUUCACAGGUUUGGACCCUCUCCUGAUGGUUUUAUAGAGGCACUUAUUAUAUUCCCAGUGUUUAUAUUUAAAUGUUGUUAAGCAUGUUUCUCAUUAGUAUGAUUUAUGUAACAUGAAUGUAACUCUUAGAAACAUUCAGGAAUUCUUUAUAGGAAAAAUCACUCAUUGACUUAAGUCUGCUCCAUGGGAACUUGUAGUGCUCUAACAUGGGCAGAAGUACAGUGAGCUCUGUAUUGCUUUUGAAAACUCGGAACCAAGGCUAAAUGAUUCACUGUUUAGAUUUUAAAAUAUUUUUCAUAGUAACAUAGCAGUAUAAUUUAUAUAAUCAUGGAAUAUCCCAUUUUAAGUAUAUAGUUUGUUUUGAUAAAUGUAAAUGCUCCCUUGUAACCCACACACUAAUGAAUUGAAUAUUUGCAUCAUUCCAGAAAGUUCUGUUACACCUGUACAAUCUGUUCCUCUCACUCCUAAUGUCUCUGUUGCCGAAAAAUUGUUUGUUUUGAAAACAUGAAAGUGACAGAAUGCGCUAUGUACACUUCUGAAUGGAUGUUUUCCAUCAGCAUGAUGCUGUAAGAUUUGUCCAACGUGUAAGAUUUUGCCACAGUGGUACACUGCUUCUCAUUUCUGAAGGGAACUGCAUUGAAUGGAUGUACCACAAUUUGGUUUUCUGUCUCCUAUUUUUAUAAGAUGAAAAAUAAAAGUCAUAACAGCACUAACAUACAAA